CAGAAGAAGAAGAAGCUGCAGCACAAGCAGCGGAAGCGCAAUGAAGCACGAUGGCGCUCAGCAAGCGAGCCGCCGUUGUUGUCAGAGUCAAACUUGUCCUUCUUCUCCGUGUGUGUCUGCUCUCUGGGGAAGAACUGACGUGGGAUGACAGCGGCUACGUGCUGUACUGCCCCUGCAUGGGUCGCUUUGGGAACCAGGCAGACCACUUCCUGGGAUCUCUAGCCUUCGCUAAGAUGCUGAACCGAACCCUCGCGGUUCCUCCCUGGAUAGUGUACCGCCACCACACCCCCCCUUACACCAACGUCCAUGUUCCGUACAGAGAGUUCUUCCAGUUGGAGGUGCUGUCUGCAUACCACCGUGUGGUCAGUUUGGAGGACUUCAUGGAGGUGCUGGCUCCCAAAUACUGGCCCCCGGGACAGAGGAGGGCCUACUGCUUUGAGAGCGCUGCACAGCGCAGCGCAGACAAGAAGUCCUGCCCUAUGAAGGACGGAAAUCCUUUCGGUCCGUUCUGGGACUACGCCGGCGUGGAGUUUAACGAGUCGGUUCUGUUUGGAGGGAUUUCCUUCAGUGCUUAUCAUAAACCUCAGUGGAUGAAGAAAUUCCCGCCGUCUGAGCACCCGGUCCUGGCGCUGCCCGGAGCUCCGGCCCAGUUCCCGGUGAUGGAGGAGCACGUGGGCUUGCAGCGUUACGUGGUGUGGUCAGAGAAGACGGUGAAGGAGGGAGAGGAGCACAUCGCCGCCCUGCUGGCCAGACCAUAUGUUGGCAUUCACCUGAGGAUCGGCAUCGACUGGCAAAACGCCUGCAGACUGCUGGAGAGCGGCGACACCGGCCCUCACUUCAUGGCCUCCCCUCAGUGUGUGGGCUACAACCGCCAGGCGGCCCUCCCCCUCACCAUGACCAUGUGCCUGCCUGACCUGGCAGAGAUCCGCAGGGCCGUCAAACUGUGGGUGAAGAGGACCGCCGCUCGCUCCGUCUACAUCGCCACCGACUCAGAGUCCCACAGCAAAGACAUCGAGAAGCUCUUCAAGGGCAAGGUAAAGGUGGUGAGCCUCCAGCCGGACUCAGCCCAGACGGACCUGUACAUCUUAGGACAAGCCGACCACUUCAUUGGGAACUGCGUCUCCUCCUUCUCCGCCUUUGUGAAACGAGACAGAGACGUCCACGCCCUGCCGUCCUCUUUCUUUGGCAUGGACACGCUCGGGAAAGUGAAUCCCAAAGAAGAACUGUGAGCUGCGGACCAUAACAGCGGAGUACGAUAGUUAGCUGGACCGUCAGGUUCUUUUACGUGAAGCAGGCCGGAGUAAGGAAGGUCCCUGGGCUGUAACAUGAGAGAGAUGAGGAGGAAUGGUUGUCAAUUGGAGCCAAUUUACUGGAAAUAGUUUUUCAUUUUACACAUUCCUGGAUUUUAGAGCCUCUGCUGAACUUUCACCAUCUAGCUUUUGGCGCAAGCUUAUUAGGGAUUACAUCAAUGUUGUUUGGACAUUAGCAGGAUGUUAGUCCACCUCACCGUCCGUUAUCUAGCCUUUAGGGAAAGCAAUAAAAACACUAAUAAUAACUAAACCCAAAUUACAAACCCUCUGAAGAGAGUCUUGUUGUGAAGAAAUCUUUCACUGAUUUGAUUUUAUUGAAUUCAAACCAUGAUGGAAAUGUUGACAAAGAAAUUAUUUUUUUUCUCUUUCACCAAUAAAUCAGUAUUUUUGUAAGGAUAA